AUGUCAACUGAACAACUGCAGGAACAACAACAACAAUUGCAUGUGCAGCAACAACAAGAACAACAACAGCAACUGGAUACAAACUUGACAUCAACUACGACAACAACCACAACUAUAAAGACGAGCGAUGAUCAAGAUGAUGAUGUAGAGGAUGGAGAGAUUGACGAUGGCGAGAUCGUUGAACUUAAUCAUGUUGUUGAUGAUUUAAAGAAGAAUGAACAACAUGUUGCCUCAUCCGCCUCUGUUAACGAACACGACCACGACCUGGACCACGACCACGACCAUGACCAUGACCUUGAACUUGAACAACACAUUCUCCAUCAUGACCAUUUGGAUGAUGAUGACGAUGAUACGAUAUAUCAUCCAUAUCAACCUGCUGCAUCAAUAUAUGGAUAUCCAGGAGUUGAGGCUGCCGCAGCAGUCAAUUCAAGCAACAGAGACGUGGAUGACUUUGAAGAAUCAUUGCGUGACUAUGAAAAGAUGAAGGAGAAGCGAGAUAGGAGUUGGAGCAGGAGUAGGAGUAGAAGUAGGAGUAGAAGCAGGAUCCGAAGUCGAAGUAGAAGUCGUAGCAGAAGUGGUAGUAGGGGUCGCACGACCAGACCGACAUACAGGCGAUAUCAACGACGAAGAUACAGUCGGAGCAGGAGUAGAAGUAGGAGUAGAAGUAGGGAUAUCAUCAGGAGAUUCUCGAGGAGCAGGUCAAGGAGUUGGAGCAGAGAUAGAUACAGACGUCGCAGUAUCAGUCCGCCAUAUGACCAGCAACACAAUGGAUCGUACAGGAACAACAAUAACAAUAACAAUGGUCAUGGCAAUCGUACAAUGAACACAUCACAUGGAGGAUAUAGAAGGACAUCCAUUACCACUCAGACUCAGACUCAGACUCCUCCGCCUCCACCUCCACCACCUCCUCCAAUGUCACCUCCACCUCCACCACCUCCUCCUCCUCCACCUCAAUCACCGCCUCCACCUCCACCUCCUCCUCCUCCAUUUCCAAGCAGUCCAUCAUCGUCAACAUCAACUUCCACAUCAUCAUCACCAUCAAUCAUCAACAACAACAACAACUACAACUAUAAUACUGGCCAGCUACUGAAUAAGUCUUCAGAUAGCAUCGAUAGAACUACUGUAAAUAUCAGCAAUAACAACAACAACACAACAACGCAAUCAUCAAACUUGACACCUAAGAAGCAACCUUCCACUACACCAAUGCGAGUGUCACAAUGGGUUGGAAAGGAAGUGCACAUCAGCGAUAAGGUCAAGAAUGAGCACAAGAUGAACUUGAUCAUCGAUAUCGAUCACAUCCUUCUCAAUUCAACCAAAGACACGCCACAGGACAAGGAAAAAGGCGAUGGCGUCAUCAAGUGUAUCAUUGAUGGAUGUACACAUUGGAUCAAGAUACGGCCAUAUGCCGUCACUUUUCUAAAGACACUACAUCCAUUCUUUAACAUCACUCUAUUCUCGUUAAACUCCAGAACAUAUGUCAAUAAGAUACUGGAGAUAUUUGAUCCAAACAAGACACUCUUUAAGCACAUUGUAACGAUUGAUUGCUUUGGCAGUUGUCUACCCAAGCAGCAACCAAAUCGACCCUACACGCUAUUCACUCCUUCAGACUUUACAAGGAUAUUCAACAUUGAACCGAACGAAUCACUACUGAUCUUUGAUGAUCGUGAGGAUAUAUGGAGACAAUACAGGGAUAACUUGGUGAUCGUGGAGAAGUUCACUCACUUCCAGAAGGACUCUGAGGAUGCCUCAAUCCCAAUUUAUAACUAUCCAUUCUCCAUUCACGAACUAUCAAAGCAGUUCCAUUAUGCCAAGCUUGACACACCAAUCCCCUACCUUGAACUAUUCUCCAAUCUACUCAUUUCCAUUCAAAGCUCAUUCAUGUCCACACUGACAUCCCAUCAAGUGGACAGCAAUAACAACAACGACAACUCUAUUGGUGGAGACAAUGACACCAACCUUGUGCGAUCAAAGAAUGCCAUCAAGACCAUUCGUCAACAGAUAUUGAACAACUGCAACAUUGUAUUCAGUGGUGUAUUCCCAAAGCAGGUGGACGCUACCAAAUUGCCAACUACACGAAUUGUUCAGAUGGCCGAGUCAUUUGGUGCCAAAGUACAAAUGGACAUCACAGAGAACACUACACAUCUGAUCUUUAUCAAGGCUGGCACCUCCAAAGUGCUCCAGGCUGUCAAGAGUGGCAUCAAGGUCGUCCAUUAUGCAUGGCUACGCGACUCCCUCUAUCAUUGGGAGCGAAUGGAUGAGUCAAAGUACAGUGUGGAGAGAGUAGUCAAAGCAUCAUCAUCCAAAAAUGAAUUGAAUGAAUGA